ACCAGCCAACGACACUGGACUUCAGCAAAGGUCUAACGGAACAGGUCCCCUCCUCAUUCCGAAGGGUUGUGGAGUAGACUCCGUAUCCCAGAAUGGGUCCUCAGGCUGUCCAACUCAGACCUGCACUGGGUAACCUGGGUAACCAAAAUCAACCCUCUGUGAUGUCACAGUCUCCCUCAAAGAAUAUCCUUCCUCCACUGGACAAGUCGCUGACGGACAUCUUUGUGUCUUUAGAUUCUGUGAAACCAAGCCGGCUGGAGCCAAUCACGGUGUACGACCGCUGGGGGGUCCAUGUGUGCCUGCACUUCUGCCGCGACAGCCCCCCAACACGCCCGGACAUCGCCGUGGUCAUCGUCUCCACGGUGAACACGUCAGCACUGCCCAUAUCAGACGUCCAGUUCCAGGUUGCCGUCCCAAAGAGUAUGGUGGUGAAGUUACAGCCGGCCACAGGGAAGGAUCUUCCCCCAUACAACCCUCUGCUGCCCCCUGCCUCCAUCUCUCAGAUCCUGCUGCUGGCCAACCCUCAGAGGUCUCCGGUACGCCUUAGGCACAAACUGACCCUCAAACAUGGUGACGAGAUGAUCAACGAGCUGGGCGAGAUAGACCACUUCCCUGAGUGGUACUCCUGGACCAGGUCUUGACCACCACCACUGCGGCAAGGGAGAGCAGGUGACUGAGGGGCACUGCUUGGGACAGCCAGGGGAACAGACUCCGGAACAUGACUCCGAUAACAGAAUGAAUGUUGCAGGCAAGGCAAACGCAAUGUGUGCAUGUGUGUGUGGAGAAGGGGGUAUGGAAUGGUAGUAUUAGAAAUUAUUUUGUCCGAAGGAAAGAAGAUUAAUACCAAGUGUGUGUGUGUGCGUUUGUGUGUGUGUAAAGGAAAUUCACUGCCUUUAAUGUGGUGGUUGUGUGAAGCCAUAGAGAUUUAACGCCAAACACCAAAAAAAUGUGUGUUAGUUUAUUGUUGCUGUGCAUUAUCGACAAUCUCACUGUGCCAAGCCAUUUUUAAAAAAUAGUUUCUGCAUUUUCCAGACAGGACAGCGGUACCAGCCUUUGAUUUUGCAAACCAAUGUUUUUAUUCAAGAGUUUUUUUUUUUUAACAUGGCUGACAUCUUUGCACUGCAGUUGUUCUAUUUAUUUAGCCAAGGUUGUGUUUUGAUGUAACUGCUGUCACUAAAGUUGUUUUUGUUGCUAAA